AUGGGUUUAUUGACAGCCACAGACAAGGAGAAGAUUAAAAGGGCCUUGCCAAAGGCCUCAAACAAGAUUAUCGACGUGACAGUCGCAAGAUUAUAUGUGGCGUAUCCAAAUCCCAAGGAAUGGCAAUAUACAGGGUUAUCGGGAGGGAUAGUACUUGUUGAUGAUAUUGUUGGUAACACUUUCUUUUUGAAAUUGGUUGAUAUCGAAGGUCAUCGAGGGGUUGUGUGGGACCAAGAAUUAUGGGUUGGUUUUGAAUAUACGCAAGAUCGUACCUUUUUCCAUAGUUUUGAGAUGGAAGAAUGCUAUGCGGGCUUGCUGUUCGAUGAUAUAAGUGAGGCGGGUCAUUUCUUGAAGAGAGUUCAAAGACGUGACAAGUAUGCUUCUAAGAAAACUCUAUCGAACAAAAAUGCCAUUGCAUUGGCUAAUAAGCUAAAAGAAGCGGAAAGUUCACGUGUGAUCCAUGGUCCAAGAGGUGAGGCGUUAAUAAGUGAUCAACGCAGAAGAUAUAGUUAUAAUAUGACAGGUGUAGAAGAAGAAGGUAUUCCUGAUACAAAGAAGAAGGCGCCACCGCCACCUCCCCCAACCGAGCCGCAUUCUAAACGGGAACCAAAUAGGAGUUCAUCAUUGAAAUCUGCAGCUUCUAAAUAUCCAGAUAUCCCCUCGAUGGUUUCAUCAACAGCCCCUAUAGUAGAUCCAGCUCUAGGACCACCUAAACCUUCAAGACAGGUCACACAUGAUACAUGUGGAUCUAGCUCAGACUCAGAAUCUACAUACACAUCGGCGGUCACAUCUCCUGUGAUAUCACAACGUCAACAGAAGUAUAUUCUUCCUCCCUUACCUACGGAGUUUUUCCCAUUGCAGCCACCACAACCACCAGAAGCUCAUAGCCCAAGUCCAGUUGUUCCCCCAGAGCAUGAUAUGGAAAUGUCAGCACCCGUGCGAUAUGAAGCCCCAUUUUUACCAAAACCUCAGGAAGAACAGUCAGCACAUCCACCUUUGCCUGCGGCCCCACGUCCUCCACUGGCUCUAACUCAACAUCCACAACAUGAAGGCGCUGUCCCAGCACCACCUUUUAAAGCACUUCCACAACGACCAGUAAAUCAUCAAGAGCCAUCUUCGUUUGUUUCACUACCGAACAGCAGAGUGCCUAGUGGUUCAGGAAGGCAAUUGCCAGCACCUCCUGUAGUUAGAAACAAUGCCCCUCCUCCUCCACCUGCAAGACGAGGACCUGCACCUGCGCUACCCCCUAGGAGGGUAGGCGGACCUGACAUUCAUCAAAAUGUCACCCAACAGUCUAAACAUCGGGUAGCUAAUACAAGUGCCCCCCCACCCCCUCCAAGGAGAGGACCUGCCCCCCCACCCCCACCAAGAGCCCCGAGGUCAGCGGCUGCACCUUCAAAUCCUAACCAAAAUGCUCCCACUAUUAGAUUUCGAAUGAAUGAGCCACCACAACAGGCUUCGUACAUACCACCACACCAAUUCACUCCACAUCCAUCAGAACCACCAAAGGCAGCCCUCACGCCUACCGCAUUUCGGCAGACACCAGCACCGACUACAUCCCAGCCACCUCCCCCUCCCCCCCCUCCUCCAAUGAUUUCACAGGAUAAUAUCCCUGUUGCUCCACCACCUCCUUCCAUUCAGGUUAAUUCAUCCCAAGGAAAGUUACCAAAUCCUUCCAGUACUGUCGUUGGUAUUGCCGAAACUACUGGCAAUCAAGGUAGAGAUGCGUUAUUAGCGUCCAUCCGUGGAGCGGGCGGUGUUCACGCAUUACGGAAGGUCGAUAAGUCCCAGUUAGAUAAGCCAUCGGUAUUGUUGCAAGAGGCCCGAGGUAAAUCUCCAGCCACAGGUAUAAAUGCUUCAAACUCACUUACACCAACUACUACAGGUGGAACUGGGUCUCUUGCGGAUGCACUUGCAGCUGCCUUAAAUCAAAGAAAGAAUAAGGUUGCACAAAGCCAAGAUGAUUACGAUAAUGGUGAUGACUGGUAA